UCAAGUUGUCAGCUCUGACAAAAACUCGAAAUAAGCCAUCAUAAAUCACCGGAAAUUAAAAUACAUGAUAUAAUGAAAGAAUAAACAAAUUGCAAACAGUUAAACUAUUAGGGUCAAGAACACAAUCUGGCGCGGUCAAGUGAGCUACAUGUAAGCUCUUAAAUCACAUUAAGUCUGUGUUGGAAGUACUCUGAAUCAAAGCCCCAAAAAACGUUUUACGAGUCCAAAACAUUUACCCUAGAAGUACUGGUAAUUUCAGAGACGACCCGACCGUACGAUGACUUCCGAAGCUUCUCGACGACGUUCGGAAUGUUUCCCGGGCAAAGUUAAAUAGGAUGAAUUUCGUCAAAAUGAUGUUGUCGCCAGUAGUUCAAUGGAAAAUUUGGGUCUAGUUUACAUUUUUUUUUCGAAAGUAUGUCAUCAAAGGCUGUAACAGCUCAAAUUUUUAUCUAGACGAGAGUAAUUGGUGCCUAGGCGUGAGUUGGCGCAAGAUCAAAGUUUUAGACGCUAAGGGUUGAGAGUUUUAGAUGCAAGAGCUGGCAGGUAUAUGCAUGUGAUCUGUGAAGUUCAAUCCUAACGUACCAGCCGUCAUGUUUUUGACAGUAAACUAAGACAAAACGUUUGAAUUCAAGUACGGUUCAGCUAUUAGCUAAUUUCAUCCUGAUCAUGCAUGGUUCUGUAACUGAAUGUACCGCAUGUAAUCUGCCAAAUUUAGCACAAAGUAACCGAUCGUUAUGAGAACCGAACACGUGUUAAGAGGAAGCGUGUUUCAACGGAGCUCUUGUACCACGCUGAUUCUGUGCUGAAACCACUGCAUCUGUUGUGACACGUCUAGCCAAGAGUAACCAAUCCCAUCGCUUAAUUUGUGACAGAUUGAGACGAGCUGAAGGGAAACAUAUGUAAACAGGGAAUUCUCUUUCCUCUUCCAGUCGAUUUUGAUAACUUUGGAGGCAAGUGAGUUUGAAACGCUGGAAUACUGAGCAAACAGAAAUGCGAGACAUCUUCUCUGUCUCCUUUCUCGCCGUUUUUCUUUUGAUCUUCACACGAACGCACUCGAAGGAACUGCAGUCAAACGAUUCGACUUCUACAUGUAAGCCGGAUCCUCAUUCUGGAAUGCCAGGAAUGCCCGGCGUGCCAGGAAUACCGGGAACUCCGGGUGCUCCAGGUAGAGAUGGCUUCAAAGGAGAGAAGGGCAGCAUCGGAAAGCGGGGUUCGCAAGGUGCUAUAGGAAUCCCAGGGAAAAUUGGACCACGGGGCCCUGAAGGAUCCAAAGGGGAGGUGGGGAAGAAAGGAGAAAUUGGUAAGAUAGGAGCAAAAGGAAGUACGGGUAUUCCUGGGAACAUUGGUCCCAGGGGUUCAAAAGGAUCCAAGGGAGAAAAUGGCAUCGGAGCAAAGGGAGAGAAGGGAGAUGCAGCAAACAUGGACCCAAGACAGAGAGCUAAUUGGAAACAAUGCGCAUGGCGAUCGUAUACAAGUAUUGACAACGGUAAAAUAAAGGUAAGUGAUCAUAUUAGGAUCUACUUUUGUAUUAAACUUUGUGGCUUACUGACUUUCGGUCUAUGAGGAAGUAAAAUUCCA